AACAACAACAAUAACAACAACAAUAAUAAUAAUACGAAUACAAUAGCACACACACACACACACUAAAGCCAACUUGCUAUCCACGGCGAUCGUGGGUGAGAUUUGUUCAAAGUAGACACGAAAAACGAUCGGAUGACUUUUCGGGGGGUUAGGCUUGUGUGUGUGUGUGUGUGCGCGGUUACAGAGUCAUCCGUGCCUGGUUUCUGUGUGACAUGUACACUCAUCCCCAAACUAAAAACACACUGUCCUUUCCUCGUAUCACCCAAAAGAAGCCCACGCGUCUUUGGGCAACGUUGACAACCCGCGGCCUUUGAAAAAAGUUUUCUUCGGAGACACUGGGCUGCUUUUGCUGCGCGUAUCAACCCAUCACCGACGUUCCCCAAUUUUUAUUUUGGGUUUCCAUAAUAACAAUGCAUAAGUUGACUUGUACAUUGCAUAGAUUCGCAUUACUGCGACCUCGACUCCUAGUACACCCUACUACUAUAACUACUACUACUACUACCACUGCUACACGAUUACCGUUACGACCCACCCCAUUGUCAUGUCUGUCUACCCGAUGGUCAAGCACAAUACCACCACCAACACAACAACAAAACGAGGAGAAUCAAGACGAAUUAGAAACGAUCGAUCCAAAAGACUAUCCUGAAUUGUACCCAGAACUCCAAAGUGAACAAGUACAGGAAGAAGAAGAAUUGGUAGACACGGAAUGGUUUGUGGAGGACGAGCAACAACACGAUCAAAAUUUUGUACCGUUAUGGCAACGCCGAGCAGUCGGCGAUCAUCUCCAUGGACGAUGGGCCAUGCAAGAAGCCUCAAAACGACUGAUUGAUUCGGGUGACAUGACGCCCGAGAACAUUCAGGCUUUGUUGGAAGAAAACAAAAUGGACGCGGUUCAGGUGCUGGAUGUGCGCGGUCGGUGUGACUGGACUGAAUAUAUGAUUGUUGCGGAAAGCGAUAAAGGAGACCGGUUUCUCUGUAAUGUUGCUGAGCAAAUACGACAGACAGUAAACAAAGCGAUUCGAGAAAAUCCAUCGGUACAAGAUGAAUUGACAGCACCCCAUAUCGAAGGACGGGAUGAUCAAUCGGGUUGGGUGUUGAUCGACUUGGGAAGUUGCGUGGUGCACCUGUUUACGCCUGAGGUUCGCAAGCAUUAUGACCUGGAAGGAUUGUGGAUACCCAACGACAGUGACAAGAAGAUCCAGGAAUAGGUGUCUGUGUGCAACACGCACCAAUACACACAUUCCCUCAUGGAUGAAAAAGAGAAUAAAUAAUAAUAAUAAUAAUAAUCAAAGUUUAGUGUUACCUUUGUUUGCUGUCAACAACAAAAAUGAAAAUUGAAAAAAUGUGCUGGGUUACACGAGAAAUCCCAUUCCGGUCAGCGGCAUAACAGUUAUC